AAAGCCGACUUGGCCGGCGAUUUUGUGUGCAGUAUGUUUCAAUCUUUCGCAUAUAUAUUAUUCAAAAAAACACCUGUUGUGAUCAAAUAAGUCAAAAAGAAAAACAGUGGAUGCAUAUUCUUUAGUUUUCCAUUUCCUUUUUGGUUUCAGUGUUUGGUGUUUAGUUACUAUGCACUAGAGGCGUUUGCAGAAUUGCCUGAGCUAGUGAACUGGUUUCAGUUUCUGCAGCUUCUCUUGUUUUUCCCCUAUUCUUUCCAUGAGUGCAGAGAGGGAGAAACAGCCAUUGAUGGAUAGUUCGAGGUUGAGGAGAGGGAGUGUGAGUCUUCCAUGGAUGUCCCCUACAGGAUCAACACUGUGGUCAGGUGAAAAGCCUUCCAGAGAUUCGCGGUUAAGCGAUGAUAGACCAGUGAAUGUGAAAGUGGUGUUGCGUUGCAGACCACCAAGUGAGGAUGAGGUGAGGGCAAAGGCUCCACUAGUGAUAUCAUGUGAUGAGGAGAAACAAGAGGUGUCUGCAAUCCUAAACAUGAAUGCUAAACAGACGAAUCGUACUUUUGUCUUUGAUAAGGUAUUUGGUCCAUCAACUCAACAAAAGGACUUGUACAACCAAGCUGUAGCGCCUCUUGUCGAUGAUGCUCUUGAAGGAUAUAGCUGCACUGUCUUCGCGUAUGGCCAAACCGGAACUGGGAAAACAUAUACAAUGGAAGGGGAAGGAGGGAAGGAGAAGAAUGGGGAAUUUCACAAGAAUGCUGGGGUGAUUCCAAGAGCUGUAGAGCAGAUUUUCAACAGUUUGGAGUCUGAAAAAGCUGAGUAUAUGAUGAAGGUGACAUUCAUAGAGCUUUACAAUGAGGAAAUAACAGAUCUGCUCUCCCCAGAAGAGGAUUCGAGAUCAUUCUCAGAUGAGAAGCAGCUUAAGGCAGUAAAACUGAUGGAAGAUGGCAAGAGUGCUGUCUUCAUCAGAGGCCUGCAAGAGGAGAUAGUGUCGAGUGCAGAUGAAAUAUACAGAAUUCUCGAGAGGGGUUCUUCGAAAAAGCAUACUGCAGAGACUCUGCUAAACAAACAAAGCAACCGCUCUCAUUCCAUAUUCUCCAUCACGGUGCAAAUCAAGGAAUGUGUAUCAGAGGGGGUGGAGCUGAUCAAAUGUGGGAAACUGAACCUAGUUGAUCUUGCUGGAUCAGAGAACAUUCUGCGCUCCGGUGCCAAAGAGGGAAGAGCGAGGGAAGCUGGUGAGAUAAACAAGAGUUUACUUACACUAGGUCGAGUCAUCAAUGCAUUGGCUGAUCACUCUGGGCAUGUUCCCUACAGGGAUAGCAAAUUGACGAGGCUAUUAAAGGACUCAUUGGGAGGAAAGACAAAGACCUGCAUAAUUGCCACAGUUUCUCCAUCUCUUCAAUGCUUGGAUGAGACUCUCAGUACUCUUGACUAUGCAUUUCGCGCUAAAAUCAUUAAGAACAGACCAGAGGUUAACCAGAAAAUUGUAAAAUCUGCAUUCAUCAAAGAUCUAUGCGUUGAGAUGGAUCGCCUAAAGCAAGAAUUACAAGCAACAAGGGAGAAGAAUGGAAUUUACAUACCCCGAGAUCGAUACCAGUCUGAUGAGGCUGCUCAGAAGGCAAUGGCUGAAAAACUGAGACUCAUGGAACUUGAUCUUGAGCUAAAAAACAAGAAAAUUGUAGAACUUGAAGAUUUAUAUAGUAACCAGCAAAAGUUGACAGCAGAUUUAGGUGAAAAACUCGCAAUGGCCAAGACAGAACUCAAGAAAACUGAACAAUCCUUAUCAGAAGUAGAAGCUCAAUACAGUCAAGCAAAAGAAACCAUUAGACAGAAGCAGUAUUUGGUAUUUAAUCUCAUCACAUCUGAGAAGGCACUUACUGAAAAAGCAAUUGAGCUUCGAGCUGAGCUAGAGAAUGCAGAAUCAGAGGUAUCCAGAUUAUGUUCGGAAAUAGAAAAUAAUAAUCUUAGAGAGCAAAGAAACCGAGUUCUUCUCCAGAACUUCCAGAAUCAAUUGGCACAACAGCUUGAACUUUUAAAGACAGAUGUAGCAGCUUCUGUAUCACAAGAGGCACAGCAACUGAAAGCUGUACAAGAAAACACAAAAUUAUUUUUAUCUGAAAAGUCCAAGGCAACUGAGGAUUUUCAGAAUCUGCUCCAGAAGCUAAAAGAAGUUUACAUGUUUGAUGUCCAAAAUUUGGCUGACAUAGCAGAAGAACACUGUAAAAAUUGUCAACUGGCAUUUGGAAAAUUUACAUCAGAAGUAUCGAAGCAUUCGUCUUCAAUUAUGGAUCUUGUUGGAAAGAUUUCCUCAGACAUUGUUUCAAUACUUAAUGGUCUAGAACACAACCUUAAUGGUCUGGAAGUAAAGAUGAAGGCAUUUCUAGAACAGGAACAACUGAUUCAAUCACGAACAUACCAAGCCACUAAUUUAAUUUCUGAAGUUCUCUUGAGUUUCUUCAAGAAUUUAAACACGUCUGCCUCCAACUUGGCACAUAUGGAGGAAGAAUCACAAAGAAAGAAUAGUCAGCAAAUUUGUGACAUCAGAACGAAGUUUGAGGAAAUGGCUGCAAAUGAAGAAAGGGAUAUAUUAGAACAAGUGGCAUUGCUCCUUGCAAGUUCAAAUUCCCGGAAGAAACAUCUUGUUCAAACAGAACUCGAUGCCCUUGAAAGGUCUGCUAAUAGUAGAACCAGCAAUCUAAAUCAGGAAUUUUCAAAAAUCCAAGAUUGCACUAGUUCUACUCAGGAUGAAUGGGCAAGUUUCAUUGAAGCAACACAUGCUCAUCGUAUAGAGGAUAGCACUAUAUUAGAAACCUGGAAAGGUGGCUUAGAAGAAAGCUUAAGAUGCUGUGUUAAAAAUUCAAAUGCAGUUGAAGAGCAAUGGAGGAAUGCUCAAGAAUCUCUUAUUUGCCAACAUACUAGAAAUACCAACUCCAUUGACUCCAUUGUUAAGAGUGAAAUGGCAAGAAAUGAACAGGUCCAUGCUCGAGUUUCUGCCUGUGUUUCAUUCAUACUUGAGGAAACUGAUCUUGCUAACAAGAAUCUUCUUUCUUCUACAGAAUAUUUGUUGAAACUGGACCAUGGAGAGUGUGAGAAGAUCAAAACAUGUGUAGAUCCAUGCAUUGAGGAUAUGAAUGCAAUGGAAAUGACUCAUUCACACAAAAUUUCUGAGAUUGCCAGUAAUGCAGAAAGAGUUUUGAUAGAUGAUUACAAGGUGAGUGAAACUUUAGAUUCAACUCCAAGGAGGAUAAAGUUCAACUUGCCAAGCAAAGAAUUCAUAGAGAACCUGAGAACUCCCUCAUUGGAGUUACUGAAGUCAUUCCAGGAAGGUGGAAUUGGAGACCACGCUAAUGGAGAUGUAAAUAUAAAAUCAGAAUCACAUAAAAUAGCCCAGAUGGAUGCCGGAUUUUUCUCUCUAUAAUGUAAAGCUUGCCCUUGUCCACAAAGGCACAUCUUGUGUUCUUGUAAAGGGGUAAAUCACAGUCGCGAUCCUGUGUUCUUGCCCACAAUCUACUAUAUAGAAAUCAACUAAGGUAUCUGUGCAGACUAAUUAAAAGCUUAUUUAGGAUCUUCCUUGUUAAACAAAUCUUCAUUUACUAAAUUUGCAUAUAAAGAGGUGAUGUUUGA